UAAUAAUAUUAGCUUAAUGAUCAGCACGAAGAACAGGAUUGAGGUACAAGAGACUGAUGAUAUGUGAGAUGUACAUGAUGAAGGACUGGUUAUGGUAAACUCUUUAGGUCCUGUUAAGGAAUGACACUGAAGUGUUCUACUGAGUGAUAAAGGGAGUAUUAGAAGUGAAGAGGUUGAUGGGUUUAUGGAAGAGUUGGGUGAGGAGUUUACUAAGAGACAGCGUUUGUCACAGCAAUUUGAUGAGUUUAAGUUUCAGAUUAAAGAUGGGAUGGAGCCUGGGUCUAUCUGAAAGCCGAGGUUUGUUAAGAAGUAUCCAUUACUCAGAAAAGUGAAAACACGCAAAGUGUCAAAAUAUGGACAAAGUCAGCUUAAAAAUAGAAAGAGUACAGCUGGGACUAUAAGCAUAUCCUCGCCUCAUAAGCCAAGGAUGUUAGAUACUACUAAAAAGUCCAGCCAUAAGCCUAUAAUCGAACCUCUGAUCACCAUGAGUGGAGUUGAGCCUGGAACUUAA